CAGCAUAAAGUUUAUUAUUAGGGUUAGAGCUACUUGAGCAAGCGCAAGUAAGGGAGCUGGAGAAAUAUAAGUGACUGGAGUUUUUGGAGACUUUUCACAAUCAAAAUGCAUCUGAAGUAGACUUACCUUUACUAUAACAAGGAGGAUACAUUUGUUGGAUUAUAUUUGUGAACGUUUGCUGGAGCCUUCAGGAUGAAAAUGUGGAGUUUGGAGGUGUUUUUGGCUGUGUUAGUGACUCUUAGUCUAAGACAGUAUUACUCAGUGGAGGCUAUUGAUUUCGUGGUCUUGUUAGACACAACCAUAGUGGAUGGAGCUCUAAAUUACAAGACACAUCGAGGAGGAGUUAGCGGUUACGGGUGGCGAGAAGGAAGCUUCAACGAUGGUGAAAAUGUAAGGAGAGUGUAUAUGGCAUGCGACAUCGAGCACUCAGAAGUCAGCAACUGGCUUCGCCUUCCGUACAUCCCGCGCGGGGACGCCAACAGACUUUACGUGGAGAUAGAAUUCACAAUGAGAGACUGUUCCACACACAGAAAACCAGAGGAGGUGUUUCAGUGUAAAGAGACCAUCGCAUUGUACUAUUAUGAAGCAAUGUCUGACUUCGCCACGGACACGCUGCCAAGAUGGCAAGCGGAGCAGGGGUCUUACCAGAUGGUGGACUCCAUUGCUGCGGAUUAUAAAUUUACGAACCUCAGUGAUUAUCAAAUCAACUUGAAAUACAGGAGCGUCCCUGUCUCCAAAAAUGGAGUCUACUUUGCAUUCCUCGAUGAAGGAGCAUGCACCUCCUUACUAUCAAUUAACGUGUAUUAUAUCACAUGUCCUGCAGUGCGUAAAAAUUUCGCUUUCUUCAACACGACUGCGACAGGUCGCGAUGUGUCGUCAGUCGUUAGUAAAGAGGGCGUGUGUGUUGAUAAUGCAGUGAGAGUAGGAAAUGGACCUGCGCCUGCCUACCUGUGCAAGAGUGACGGGACAUGGGUGUGGCCGACGGGACAGUGCUAUUGUAAGGCGGGAUACCAACCUAAUGUGGAUAACACUGAAUGUCUUGCCUGUCCGUCUGGCACAUACAAAGCUACUAUAGGGGGCGACACCUGCCACAGUUGUCCUGCUAACAGCAAUGCUGACGGGAAAACUCGUGCCACGAUCUGUGAUUGCAACCCAGGUUACUAUAGACUGCCACAUGCAAAUGCUUCUCAACCGUGUAUAGAGCCUCCUGAGGCACCCAGUAAUUUGGAGAUCCAGUUCAAGGACCAGACAACUCUCCGCGUGGCCUGGAUGGCUCCUGAUGGUGGCAACGCCGCACAUAUCACGUACCACGUGCAAUGUCUGAAGUGUAACAGUCAGCGCGGGCAGUGCGUGGAGUGUGACAGCACGGUGCGCUACGUGCCAAUACAGACAGGGAUACAGCAAACAACGGUCACCUUACACAGUUUGAACCCUAGCACCAACUACAAGAUCAAUGUCUACUCCAUGAAUGGCAUUUCCAUCCCUGUGACUGACUUCAACCAUGCCACCAUCAUAGUUAAAACCAUGGAUGCAAUUGCUUCCAAAGUGGACAACGUCCGAGUGGUCAGUAAGAACCAGACGGCCAUCUUGGUGGCCUGGGACCGCCCGGUGGAGCAGCAUGAGCAGUACGAGGUGAAGUACUUCCCCACAGACAAUCCUUUCAACGCCCUGAGUGUCACCACCACCUCCUUGAGGGUGAUCAUUGGUAGCCUGCAGGCCAGCACCCAGUACUCCUUCCAGGUCCGUGGUAAAGUGUUCGAGGGCUGGGGUGAGUGGACCCUUCCAGUUUCUGUCUUCACCGAGGCCUUCAUAACCAGAGAAGUUCCCACAACAACUGUUUCGCUGGCUAAGGAUGACAAACAAACUUCACCUGGAUUCGUAAACACAGAUGGCAUCAUCGCUGGAGCUGCUGUUGCUGUCAUUGUCAGUCUCAUUAUCGUAGCUGUCAUGGUUGUCAUUUACCUGAAGAGAAACAAUCAGCCAUGCAACGAGAAGAAUAAGAGUGACUGCGACCAGCUUCACUACAGUAAUGGUGAGGUUCAGUACCCGCCUCCUGUUAUCGUUGACACGCACAUGAAUGGAAGUUUGACAAUGCCUCUUUUUGCGCCCCCUGGUGUUCGUACCUAUGUCGACCCUCACACGUACGAGGACCCACAACAGGCCGUCAGAGAAUUUACCAAAGAGAUUGACGCUUCUUUCAUCACCAUUGAAUCUGUAAUUGGAGGAGGUGAAUUUGGUGACGUCUGCAAAGGCAAGUUGAGAGUUCCUGGCAAAAUGGAGCUCAGCGUAGCUAUAAAAACCCUGAAACCUGGUGCAUCAGACAAGAGCCGCAUGGACUUCCUGACAGAGGCAAGCAUCAUGGGACAGUUUGACGACCCAAAUGUGAUCUAUCUGGAGGGAGUGGUCACAAAGAGUAAUCCCAUCAUGAUUAUCACCGAAUUUAUGGAGAACGGCGCAUUGGAUCAGUUUUUGAGGACCAAUGAUGGUAAGUUCACCAUCAUCCAGUUGGUGGGGAUGCUGCGAGGAAUUGCUUCUGGAAUGAGAUACCUCUCAGAAAUGGGAUAUGUUCACAGGGACUUGGCUGCUAGGAAUAUCUUAGUCAAUGACAACCUUGUAUGCAAAGUGGCUGACUUUGGCUUGUCAAGAGAAAUUGAGAGUGACACAACCGACGGAGCCUACACAACAAGGGGAGGUAAGAUUCCAGUGAGGUGGACAGCACCAGAAGCAAUCUCCUUCCGCAAGUUCACGUCGGCAUCUGAUGUCUGGAGCUAUGGAGUGGUUGCAUGGGAGGUGAUGUCAUAUGGCGAGCGGCCAUAUUGGAACUGGUCGAACCAAGAUGUUAUCAAAGCUGUGGACAAGGGAUACAGGUUGCCCCCUCCUAUGGACUGUCCCGAGGCCACUCACGUGUUGAUGCUGGACUGCUGGCAGAAGGAGAGGAACCAAAGACCAAAGUUUGCCCAGUUGGUGAAGACUCUAGACAAACUCAUCCGCUCACCUGAACUCCUGAGAAAACUCGCUAAGUCUAGGCCUCAUAACAUCUUCGACCCAAGUGUGCCUGAUAUGACUCGCUUCACCAGCAUUGAGGAGUGGCUCUGCAGCAUAAAGAUGGAGCGUUAUUUAGACAAUUUCUUGCAAGCAGGUUACGAAAAUAUGGAACAAGUGUCCAGAAUCACAGUCACGGAACUGGCCCAUUUGGGCAUCACUCUCGUUGGACAUCAAAAGAAAAUCAUGAAUAGCAUACAGACUCUACGAGCACAGCUAAGCGGUGCUGUCCAAAUGUCGGAAGGUUUCCUUGUAUGAUGAAAGUGGAACAGGGAGCGGAAUUUAGGUGUUACUGACAUGUCCGAGGUGUCCAAUAUGGCGACAGUUACUCAUGGUUGUGUGUACGUAUGUGAAUAGAUAUAAAUAUAUAUACAUUAAGAAAUAUCAAAGACAAGACCAUGAAUAUAUUUAUAAAUAUAGAUCACAGAUUAUGGAUAUUAUCAACCAUGAAGUGGAUAAAAUAUCCACAUUGAACCAUGGAUAUGUCAUGGACUCUUCACAUAUGUAUAGAUAAUUCUCGGUGAACUUGUCAAACAAGUAGAGAAAUGAACUACAGCCUGUCUUGCACAAAUUUCACAGCAUAUGGCUCCACCUGCUGAGCUGUGUCCUGUCUUGCACUGAUCACACAACAUGGCCUCACUAGCACCUCCUGGUGAGUGAUGGUGGAGACAGUGCCGUGUGCAACAGACCGUAACAUGGGUGGUGCGAUUUCAAAGCGCUUCUUAGCAACCCUGACCACGUACUAAUAUAAAAAGCAAGUCUAGAUGGAAGGAUCACACGAUAAAUAAGGACCACUUAUUCCAAGUACCAUCCUCCAAAAGGGUAUGUGGAUAUAUUAGCCUGUAGGAUAAAAGCGCAGAUGGAGAUUAUUGUAACUCGUACAGGUCAGAGAGAAACCUGUUAUGCGCCUGUUCCACAUAGACGCUUAUCCCAGUGGUAAUAAGGUGGAAUGCUUGAGACUGCAGCACCUGUUGCUAAGAGUGGGACAGAAAUAAAUCAUUAAUAAUUGUGAUAUAUCAAGUGUGAUUAGACAAAUAGGCACUUAUUAUGUUAUUAGAAGCCAGUGGUGAAGACGAGAGAACCUGUCAACUGAUGUUUUAAAAGCUAGAUUGUUAAUUAGCAUAAUUAUGAUACCUUCUCUAGGCUUAUUUCAUACAAAAAAAUAGAUAUUAACAGACUAUGCCAUAAAAAAAAAAUUAGUGUAUAUGUUAAGUACUUGUUGUUGCCUUAAAUAUGACGAUCAUGUUGUUGUUGACUCAGACAAGGAUGCCCUAUGUAAUGGUACAUGACUGGUUUCAAUGUAUGGACUGGUUUCAGAUAAACAAUCUAGGGACAGAAAUAGUUUCUGUUUGAGGGGGGGGGGGGAUUGUUUGUAAAGGAUGCUGCCUACUGGAAGAUAUUACUUUACUGAAAGGAGGGGUGAAAGCUGGUUUAUAUGGGCUUGGUGUCAAAUAGGUGUUUUACCCUGGGGGGGGGGGAGAAAGGAACUUAUUAAUUACUUAACCCUGUGACAGAGAUUUAAGUGAUUCCUUUCUGGAUUAAAAAGGAUUAAAAAACACCACAGCUAGAGUAACAAUUAUUUAGUGAUACAUUUCUACUUCGAUUAUUUUGACAAACCUUCCACAAGUUCUCAAUUAACAAUAUCUUCAAGAAUGAUGCCACUAGUUUUUUGGGGAGGCAUAUAGUCAUAUUUGGUGAGGCGGUGUAGAAAUUGUGAAUCACCACUGGCCGCAGCACUGUUUCUCUCAAAGAAGAUCAUUAAAAUGUCAGUUAUUUUCACACAGUUAUAACAGCACAAAUCACUAAUUAUCAGUUGCAGCAGUAGUGAUACAACAAGGACUUAUACAGUGGUAUUCUGUCUUGUGCCUUCUGGAAUUUCUGGAAGAUUUUUCGUGUUCAGCGAGUUGACCAUGCUGUGUAUGAUUUGGAUUAAAAUACAAGGGAAUAUAUCACCUGAAAUACUAAAAUAAUAUGUAUACUUUUUAGCCAACCUUUUUUAGGAAGGCUACAUUAAAUAUUCGAUUAGUUAAAUCAGUAAGAGAAUGUAAUAAGUACAUGGCAAUAUGACAUAAUUUCCAAGACUUGUCUUUGUAUUGUCACUGAUGCUGUAACUGACAGUUGUAAUGUCACAUGCACUUAGGAACAAUGGACUAUGACAGUGCAAAUGCUGUACAGCACACAAUGUUACAUGUAACGUUGUCAGCAAUGUUGUACAUAUUUUAAUCAAAUUUUUUUGUGGAUUUUUUUUAUAUGGGUGCCAGCAUAUACUGCUACUUGUACAUAAGUAUUUCCAUUUUGUAUAUAGUUAUACAUACAGUAUCAAGGGUAUUCUUUUUCUUUGUUGUUUUAGAUGUAUAUAUGGUUUAUUUAUUCCAGUUCGGUAUACAUGGAAUUUUGCAAUGAAUGUCUUGAAAGGUGAAUUACUUACAGGUUAAAACUCCACCAGUGCAAACUGUUGUAGAAAUGUUGGCUGUAAAUGUACACUAUUUUUGAUGAUGUCAUCUUUUGUUGGCAACUUUUGAUGAUGUCAUCAUUGCAGUGGUUUGAUGAUGUCUUCAUCAUGGAUAUAUUUUGAUGACAAUUUGAUAAUGGUUUUAUUAGGUUAAGUGUCACAGUCAAGGUGUCAGUCACAGUUUUAUAUAAUCUGUGUAUUUUUGUUUCAGUUUUUAAAAGGAAGCGUGUAAAGCUUUAUCAUGAUGAAAUGUUUAACUUUGACUUGAACCUCUGUCUGAGAUUUAUAUCUUUUUGUAUAUUUUUUUCUGCAUUUGUUAAAAAACAAUGUACUCUUUUAAGAGCAUUUUGCAGUUGUACACUUUUAAGUCACAAUGCUAAUAAGGUCAUUAUUUUCAUGUUUUGUCAGAUGCCACUGGCAAUGUUUCCUGUAGAAUAACUCUGAAAAAAAAAAACUUAUUUAACCAACAGAUCUUAAAACAUUGACAACACAAUACACCAAGAACGCUGGUAGCAUUAGUAAUGUACCGAAGUGAUCGGAAUUGUCUCCUUAAAUAUCUUGCCAAUAUGACGAACAUAUAGAACUGGAAAAUUAUGAGAUUUUUUUUUAAUCGGAUACAAUUGAACAUCACAAAUUGAUCGGUUAAUAGAUAAAUAGACUUAACCAACAGAUUAAUUCCUGAUGUUUGAUCACUUUUUGCUAAGUAUAUUAUUGUUCUGUUACUAAACCAAUAUCAUACAUUUCAUAAUGUUACCAGUCAAUUCACGUGACAAGCAGAAUGGUCUAUGCAAAGAAAAUGACUUAAGAAUUUAUAUCAAGUUCUGUUACCCCAAGUUAAUACCAAAGGGUAAUGGCUUUUAUACAUAUAUACACCUGUGAAUCCAGACAGUGUUGUUGAUUGAUAGUAUAUCAAUUUUGGGUCUGAUUAUGUUUAUUCUUUGUUAAUGAUAUUGUGCAAGAUCUCACCAUUAUUGAGCAUUUUUGAGGCAUUGUGAGGCUAACACGAUUUUAGUAUCAAGUAUCCUGUAUUAUGGAAGAAAUACUUAUAAAUGAUGCUGAGUCAUCAGUAUACAAGUUUCGCAUCAGUUGAUUUGAGAGGAAAUUUGCAUAUCAUUUUAGAACAUUGUUUACCUUAAUUAUACACUUAAUGGACUUCUGCAUGUCGGCUGAAGCUGCUAUAGUAGUGCUGUUAGAAAAAAAACAGACUUGCGAAUAGAUGAUAUUAUAUUGCAUCAUGCUGUCUGAAAUAUGAGAGAAAUUGUGACACUGUCAUUUAACUUGUAUAUGUGGGCUGCAUGUAUAUACUAUUCAUUAUUUGAUACUGCGCCUUGUUGUUCUGUAUAUGUUCAUAUCAGUCAUUAUACAUAUUGAAUAAAUAUUUUGUACCAAAAAGAA